AUGCAGCAAAAAUCGGAAGUGGAGGCGGUUACGCAACAGCAGUCGUUAGCAGUAGUGAAAAAUAUGAUUCGUACCUCCAUAAGUGAAAUCUGUUAUUUGCGAAAUCUAUUCGACGAAGACUGCUUCUGUAAGAAGAACUACGCAGGAAUCAUGAUCAAUGCGCUCCAUCCUAUGGACACCAAGGAGGGAAGCGAGCCUCACAUUCACAACUCGGAAGCCUGGCAGCUGACUCGCUGGCUCGAAGAGGGUGUUUUCGAUGCUCUCGAAAAGCGUUAUCUUCGCGGUCUGGUCUUCGCGAUCUACGACAAUCCCGAGAAUAAAUCCCAAUCCCGCCUCAUCGAAACGUAUUCCUACGCCUUCACCUAUCCAGACACGCAGCACAUCCAGCUGGAGGUGAAGCAGAACAACGAGCGCAGCGUCGUGAGCACCGACGGCGUGAAGAACCAAGCGGUGAUUCUUCUUCGCACGCUCAUCACGCUCUGCAGCACGCUCUCUCCUCUGCCUCGCGAGCGAUGGAUCACUCUCCAGCUCUACUACUACGACGACAUCACCCCUCCCGAUUACCAACCCGCCUAUUUCGAAGACACCGCCGACUCCUCGAUCCGACCGGGCGAUUCCUCCUUCAUAUCCGAUCCCUUCGUCAUCGAGGCGGGUCGUCUUCGCACCCCAUUCCACGCCAUGUGCAUGAAAGUGCGCGUCACCGAGUCCACGCUCCACCAGACCGAUCCUUCCUCCCAGCACACCGCAGUCGAGACGCAGGAGCCCGCGCAGACCGACGCCCAGACCGACGCGGUUCUUCGCUCCAUCCUCGCUCACGACUCCGUGGAUCCCGCUCUCCUCGCCUCCGAAUUCGAGCUCAAAAAACCCGAUCUCGACCGCGUCCUCGCCGAUCUCGGUCUGCUUCUCCCUCCCUCCUAA